AUGGCGCCGUUGCUACCGUACGAUAUGGGCACGAUUGUGGAGGUAUCGGUUAUCCACGCGGGACGAACGACAGUACCCACAGCCUACGUGGUUGACAGGCCAAUUGCUGGGCAUAAUGUGCUUGACAUGCCUUGCUACAGCUUCUUAAUCGAGAACAGAAGGCUGAAUAAAAAGGUUCUCUUUGACCUUGGGAUAAGAAAAAAUUGGAAGGAAAAGCUGCCGCCGUCUAUCCUUCACCAAAUCCAGUCUGCUAAGGCACUAGUGGACAUUGAGCAAGACGUCGCCGAUCAACUUCGCAACGCGAAUGUCCCCCUGGAAUCGAUCAACGCUAUUAUUUGGUCACACCACCAUAUGGACCAUACAGGAGAUCCAUCUCUUUUUCCCCCAUCCACGGAUUUAAUCGUUGGACCCGGCUUUAACCGCAAUAAAAGGACGUUCCCGGGUUAUCCUACCAAUGCCGAUGCUCUGGUGACUGACGACGCCUUCUCGGGCCGUAGCUUGGUCGUGCUGGACUUCUGGAACGCCAUGACCAUUGGUGGCUUUUUGGCCAUCGACUUCUUCCAAGAUGGAAGCCUGUAUCUGCUCAAAUCAACCGGACAUACGCACAACCACAUCAGUGCUCUCGCCCGGACGUCGAAGGACCGAUUCAUCUUCCUGGGGGGCGAUAUCGCUCAUCAUCCCGGGGAGUACCGUCCAACCAAACACCUCCCGCUUCCGACCGAAAUCAGGCCAUCGCCACUCGGUGAGGAAAUCUCCUCGCCCUCCGUAUGUCCCGGCUCCAUUUUCGAAGCAGUUUCCUCUGCAAAUAUAAGAGGCUUAGAUGCCAAAGUCACUCCCUUCUACCAGUUGAACGCUGCAAUGAACGAGGAUCUCAAAGAUGCUGAGAUCGCUCUAGAAAAGCUGCUGCGCUUCGAUGGCUCAUCCAAGGUUAUGGUUAUCAUUUCGCAUGAUGCAAGUCUCCUGGAUGUCCUUCCUUUCUUCCCAAGGAGCAUUAAUGAGUGGGACGUCAAGGGAUACAAGGCAGAGGGGACUUGGAGAUUCUUGAGGGAUUUUGCUAGGGCUGCUGGUGGAACAACAGACGAAAGUGUAUAG